CGUGUACGUUUCUUUUUAAAUAGUGAUUUUUUUGUGUUUGUGAAUAAGAUCAUGUUUUCUGUCAGGAGCGCGCCUGUGAUUGUCGAGAGUGAGUGCGCGUCAAAAAACUUGACUGCGCCGUAUGCGCGCGCUACUCACAAGAAAUGCUUGUCUGCUCGGUUUAUUUCUCUCCACCUUUCAGAUGAGAAAGGGCUAUAUAGGGAGAAGGGGGAAGAGGUUGUUUAGGGAAAUAAAUUAGCUUCAAAACCACAGAAAGCAGCCACGGGUGGAAGGCUUUGGAUUGGCAAAGGGGCAGAGCAGAUACUAGAAUACAUUAAACCCGAGUCAAUCCCGUUCCAACGGGCAGCGUUAUAAUCAUACCAAGGUCAAUACACCGAACGAGCCCACAAACCCACGUAAUUUAACGUAUUAGGCUGGGUACUGAAUUCGGAGACGGGGAAAUCACCACCAGAAGCUGAAGAUGGAGGGGGUGAUGCAGGGGAUGCAAGCAUACGGAGCGGGGAAGGCUGGAGGAGCCUUCGACCCUUUGACGUUCUUUCAACAGCCUCAAACUAUCCUUCGGCUUGUGUGCUGGCUCUUCUCCAUCGUGAUCUUUGGCUGUAUAGCCAACGAGGGCUAUGUGAACCGGCCUGACGAGAUUGAGGAGUUCUGCAUCUUCAACAGGAACCAGAAUGCCUGUAACUACGCCGUGGGGAUGGGCACCCUAGCUUUCCUAAGUUGUGCUGCCUUCCUGGCCCUGGAUGUCUACUUCCCCCAGAUCAGCAGCGUCAAGGACCGCAAGAAGGCUGUGCUUGCUGACAUCGGAGUAUCUGCAUUCUGGUCAUUUGUCUGGUUUGUGGGGUUCUGUUUCCUGGCCAACCAGUGGCAGGUUGCCAAAGAGGAGGACAACCCUUUAAGGGAGGGCGCGGACGCAGCCCGAGCCGCCAUUACCUUCGCCUUCUUCUCCAUCUUCACCUGGGCGGUGCAGGCCUUCCUGGGCUUUCAGAAGUACAAGCUGGGGGCUGACUCGGCCCUCUUCUCCCAGGAGUAUGUUGACCCUACCGCCGACCCCAACGCUGCGGCCCCCAUGGGCACUGACUACACGGGCUACACCGCCGACAUUGACCCCGCAGCCAGCACAGAGCUAGCCUUUGAUGGCUCCACUGGCUACCAGGGCCAGGAGUACUGAGCCAGAGGGCCAAGGGAGGAGGAGAAGGCCCAGCGAGGGGUAUUCAGCAUCAGGGGUGGUUUGUUUGUGGUUUAUGGGACAUGGGGUGGCUUAAAGGUAGCCAAGUCCCUGAUCUGUUUGUGGUAGGUGUGAUAAUGAAAUACAGAGCCUUCAAAGUAUUCAAACCCUUUGACUUUUUACACAUUUUGUUGUGUUGCAGCCUAAAUUUCAAAUUGAUUCUAUUUAGAUUGUAUCACUGGCCGACACACAAUAGCCCAUAAUGUCAAAGUAGAAUUCUGUUAUUAGAAAUGUUGACAUUCAUUUAAAAAAAAAAAACAUUUUAAAGCUGAAAUGUCUUGAGUCAAUAUGUAUUCAACCAUUAUUUCUUUUAUGGCAAGCCCAAAUAAGUUCAGGUGUAAAAAUGUGCUUAGUUUGAGCAUGGGGCAGUUAUUAAUUCGAAUUUGCAUGCUGUAUCAAUACACCCAGUCACUUCAAAGACACAGGCAUCCUCCUAACUCAAGAAAUCAUCUCAGAGAUUUCACCACGAGGCCAAUGGUGACUUUAAAACAGAGUUUAAUGGCAUUGAUAGGGGAGAACUGAGAAUGGAUCAACAACAUUGUAGUCACUCUAUAAUACUAACCCAAAUGAUAGUGAAAAGGAGGCCUGUACAGAAUUAAAAUAUUCCUGUUUGCAAAAGGCACCAAAGUAAAACCUGCAAAAAAUGUGGCAAAGAAAUUAACUUUAUGUCCUGAAUACAAAAUGCUAUGUUUGGGGUAAAUCCAACACAAAAUAGCACUGACCACCACAUUAUUCAUAUUUUCAAGCAUGGUGGUGUCUGCAACAUGUUAUGGGUAUGCUUGUCAUCGGCAAGGACUAGGGAUUAUCUUUAUAUUUUAAAAAAAUAAAAAUUAAUGGAAUAGAGCUAAGCACAGGCAAAAUAUUAGAGGAAAACCUGGUUGUCUGCUUUCCAACAUACACUGGGAGACAAAUUCACCUUUCAGCAGGACAAUAACCAAAAUCACAAGGGCAAAUAUACACUGGUGUUGCUUACCAAGAUGGCAUUGAAUGUUCCUUAAUGGCCUAGUUUACAAUUUUGACUUAAAUCAAUUUGAAACUCUAUGACAAGACUUGAAAAGACUGUCUAGCAAUGAUCAACAACUAACUGGACAGAGCUUGAAGAAUUAAAAAAAGAAUAAUAGGCAAAUUUUGUACAAUUUAAGAUGUGCUAAGCUCUUAAAGACUUACCCAGAAAAACUCAUAGCUGUAAUCUCUGCCAAAGGAUCUAACAUGUAUUGACUCAGGGGAGUAAAUACGUAUGUAAAUAAGGUAUUUCUGUAUUUAAUUUUCAAUACAUUUCCUAAACUUUUUAACAACAUGUUUUAACUAUUGUCAUUAUAAGGUAUAAGGUACAUUAUUUAAUCAAUUUUGAAUUCAGGCUGUAACAACGAAAUGUGGAAUAAAUCGAGUGCUAUGAAUACUUUCUGAAGGCACUGUAGGAGUUGGCAAGAUAGCACUAACAGAUCUGAGACUUGAGUACCUGACAGGGACUUUGGGUGGCUAACAGGGUGGAACAGGAUCACGGGUUGGCAAUCACUGUGUGUGUAAGUGAGUGCUACAACAUUGCCGGGGAGGUGGAGGCAGGGUAUGGGGAAAAGCGAGGGACUUCUUAGAGACCAUGGUCGGUGUCUGGAAGCAGUUUGCCUUUAGUGUGUGUGGGGGGGGGGGGGAUGGAUGGAUGCAGUUUUGGUUGGCCACUUCCAUGGGAUCAGACAGAGUUCUAACCAGAAGAGGGGUUAUUUUCUGCAGCCUUACUUCACUUCUGUGUGUCCCAAUUGUCCACACUUCUCCCAAAGUGUGCACUUGCAUACUCCCCAUCAUGGAUAAAAAUGGGAUUGGUGUAAGCAUCGGCUGGAAGGAGUUUCCACCAACCCUUGGUGGGGAGUGCGCAAGGGCUCACUUUGGGAGAAAGGUGGAGAAUCAGGAUGCAGUCUUGGAACUCAUACACACCUAUACUCCCACAUAUAUCAACACAUAUUAAAGAAGGAACCGUAGGUAUACAAUUGAUGUGCAUAACUACCUGAUGAUAUAGGUGAUGAGACCAGAACAACACAAGUCCUACGUAACACCACUGUGUUUUGUGGGCCUCAACACUGUGGCCCAGUCAUUGCACAAUGACCUAGCUUGCCAUAUCUUUUCUGCCAGUUUAGCUUUCUUUGUUUGGUGUCUACUCGUGGUCAUGGAGGACUGCAUUGUUUAAUGUUUUCUGCCUAUCUAUGCCAAGUUAACACCCAAGCCAAACCUACUGUUAACAGUGCUAAAUCUGAAAGGUUAUCCCAUCAUACAGGCCAAAGGACAGGGUAUGACAUACAGGAACCGAACAACUAACAGGAACCGAACAACUAACAGUAAAGCACAACUAUAGACAAGCCACAAUUACACAUAUUGAGCUGUUACAGAUGUGUAACCAAACUCUAUAACGAUGACGUGUAAGCACCAAUAAAGAAGACAGACGUACAUAACCAACUUAAAAGCCAUGUUGACAGCCAACCAAAAUGUGACCAACACUGGCUUGACACUAGUAACUGAGAUAGAAUAUGUCCUUAAAAUCAAAGUGAGAAUGUCAAUUGCAUACUCCUGUCCUCUCUCCUCACCUUCUCAAAACCUAUUGGAGGAGAAAGUCAGAGGGUUGGGGUGGGAUCUCUCAUUUGACUUAGCACUAGAAUACCAGCAGUUGAUUUCAGACAGACCAGUGCUUGUUAUCUCUUCUUUCAUGCCAACAGCUGAAGACCUUAGUGAUUUCUGUUUCCAAAUGUUCGUAAUGAUCCAUGUAUGUUUGACAGAGUUUUUUUCAAGGCAAAACAUGCUCAAGAAUUGUAUAUACGUUAAAAAAAUAGUUUGAGAUUUUUAGUCCAAAGUUUGAACACACCUACUCAUUCAAGCGUUUUUCUUAAUUUUUUUACUAUUUUCUACAUUGUGGAAUAAUAGCGAAGACAUCAAAACUAUGAAAUAUCACAUGGAAUCAUGUAAUAUCCAAAAAAGUGUUAAACAAAUCAAAAUAUAUUUUAUAUUUGAGAUUCUUCAAAGUAGCCAACCUUUGCCUUGAUGACAGCUUUGCACACUCUUGUCAUUCUCUCAACCAGCUUCGUGAGAUAGUCACCUGGAAUGCUUUUCCAACAGUCUUGGAGUUCCCACAUAUGCUGAGCACUUGUGGCUGCUUUUCCUUCACUCUGCGGUCCAACUAAUCCCAAACCAUCUCACUUGUGUUGAGGUCGGGUGAUUAUGGAGGCCAGAUCAUCUGAUGCAGCACUCCAUCACUCUCCUUCUUGGUCAAAUAACCCUUACACAGCCUGGAGGUGUGUUUGGGUCAUUGUCUUGUUGAAAAACAAAUUAUAGUCCCACUAAGCACAAACCAGGUGGAAUGGAGUAUUGCUGCAGAAUGCUGUGGUAGCCAUUCUGGUUAAGUGUGCCUUGAUUUCUAAAUAAAUAACUGAGAGUGUCACUAGCAAGCACUCCCACACCAUCACACCUCUUCCUCCAUGCUUCAUGGGAACCACACGUGGAGAUCAUCCGUUCAUCUACUCUGCGUCUCACAAAUACAUGGCAGUUGGAACCAAAAAUGUCAAACUUGGACUCAUCAGACCAAAGGACAGAUAUCCACCGGUCUAAUGUCCAUUGUUCAUGUUUCUUGGCCAAAGCAAGUCUCUUCUUCUUAUUGGUGUCCUUUAGUAGUGGUUUCUUUGCAGCAAUUUGACCCUGAAGGCCUGAUUCAAGCAGUCUCCUCUAAACAGUUGAUGUUAAGAUGUGUCUCUUACUUGAACUCUGUGAAGCAUUUAUUUGGGCUGCAAUUUCUGAGGCUGGUAACUGUAAAAAACGUAUCAUUUGCAGCAGAGGUAACUCUGGGUCUUCCGUUCCUGUGGCGGUCCUCAUGAGAGCAAGUUUCAUCAUAUCGCUUGAUGGUUUUUGCGACUGCACUUUGAAGAAAGUUUCAAAGUUCUUCAAAUGUUCCGGACUAACUGACCUUCAUGUCUUACUACAUGAUUGUGUUAUUUCAUAGUAUUGAUGUCUUCAUUAUUACUCUACAAUGUAGAAAAUAGUAAAAAUAAAGAAAACCCUUGAAUGAGUAGGCGUGUCCAAACAUUUGACUGGUAAUGCAUAUACCACAGAUAUUAUGAAAAAACAGGACAUUUUUAUUUUGUGGCAUACAUAACAAAUGUGUAAUUAUAUAUGUAUGAAAUAACAUUUUUAAUACAUUAUUAUUAACCAGAUAUUACUAUGUUAUAAACUUAGAUAAUAUAUUGUACCUAAAAUAGCUUAUGUCUAUAUGUAUUAAUGCAUUUAAAGUGUGUGUGUUUCAAAAUAACUGACAUCUUCGUCUUUCAUUUUGUGAGGUACGGCAUUGUUUUCUGAAUCAGGAAACAUUUUCUUUGUCUUACUAGUUUUACUGUUGCAAACCUUUCUGGGGCGAAACAUUUAGGUAAAACUUUCUUUGGAUUGUCCGAAGUAGAUGGGUUGUAGAUGGUCAUUAGAUGUUCAGUAACUGUCAACAACAAUUCAACUAAUUAUUGACUAACCCUAACAUUAACCAUAAUCCUAACCCUAACCGUAACCUUAGCAGGCAUUUGCUUAUCAACAGCUACUUAGUUUAUACUAUAACCAUCUGUAGUUCAUCUAUAUGGGGCUAUAAAAAUAAAGUGUGACCAACAAUUAUAAAGAUAAACUGGGCUAACGGGACAAAACUACCAAUUAUAUAGACAUUGUGUAAAAAUGAUGUGGUCUUUGUGUGCUACUACAGAGUUGGAAAAAAAUAGUUGUAAUGCUUUUGAUGUAAUGAUUUUUGAUUAAAUUAAUCAGAUAAUUAAUUAGGGAUAAAUGUACAUAAUUAUUACCUGUUUGUUGCUUGUUUGUGAAAGAUCUGAUGUAGAUGUGGUGGACUUUGUCGGGAGACGAUCAAUAAAGGAAAAGCUGUGGUA